AUGACGUUGGAGAAGACUCCUUCGAAGGAAAAUGGUACCGAGGACAGUGUGCCCAGUGAUGAUAAAGCUGACGGCGGUGAAGAGAAAGCUAAGCCCAAAGAAGCCGUGCCGGCCCCAUCUGUCACAAGUAAUACAGCGGAUGGAAGGGCAGUGGAUGCACCUCAACUCACUGCCCCUUCGGGCGGCGGUGGCACUUUAAGCGAACAGACUGGAAAGAAGGCUGAGGCGAUUGCCGAAGAUUCUGCAGGGACUGUUGCCGCGGCGGCCCCAGGAGCCCAACAGCAAGGUGUAACUGCGGCUGGUACACCGACGAGCAACGAGAAGGAGCCGCCGCCAGCAGCAGGGGACACCGCCACUGGGGUCAGUCGCCCAGCGACUACGACUGGCGGUGGCAGCAGCCCCGCGGUGCAGCCGCAGCCGGGGAGUUCCGUGGGGACAAACGAAGCUGGCCAGCGAGGGCAGGAGCAGCCCGACGUCACCGCACCCAAGCAGGAAACGGAAACGAGUGGUGAGAGAGAAGAACAAGCCACUCAGCCGGCAGCGGGAGCGGCUGCUCAAGCGGCAACCACCACCAACUCGACGAGUGCAGCGAAGGCGGCGCCCGGCGACAGUGACGGCAGCAGCACCGCGGCCGCGCACUCCGCCUCCCUCUUUGCGCUGCUUCUUCUGCUUGCGUGUGCGGCUGCCGCUGCGAUGCUGGCCGCGUGA